AUUUCUUCAUACCACAAGAAGAAAAGCCAGUCUGGCAUCGUUUACAGCCAGUGAUUUUCAUAAAGUGAACUCUUAUGAAACUAUGAACAACAAUGAAGGAGAAAGCAGCAGUGAGCUAGAAGGGCAAGAAUCAUAUUUGGAUUAACCUGGUGAGGCCCGACUGUUUGAGAUUUUCCCGGGAAAGGAGGCCAUCUAACUGUCAUCUGAGAACAAAAGAAAAAUGAGUUCAUCAAAUGUUACCACUACUGUAAAUCCAUCUGUCACUAAUACCACACAAAUAAGCACUACUGGAAGUGGAGGCUUCAUUUCCAAUUUAAUUAAUAAAAUUCCAUUACCAAAAUGGGCCUUGAUUGCUAUUGCUGCAGGAGUGGGCCUUGUCAUCCUCCUCUGUGUCAUCUGCAUCUGUGUAAAAUGUUGCUGCAAAAAGAAGAAGAAGAAGAAAAAGAAGGAGCAAGUUAAUUUGAAAAGUCUAAAUGGCUCCACCACUACAAGCCUGGUUCAGCCAGAUAUGGAUGAUUUGAAUGGAGCUGAGGAAAACCGUGGAAAGUUGCAAUAUUUCUUAGAUUAUGAUUUUAAGAAAGAAGAGAUUACAGUUGGAAUUAUACAGGCAAUGGACUUAAUGGCCAUGGAUCUUGGAGGAACAUCUGAUCCUUAUGUUACUGUGUAUCUUCUCCCAGAAAAGACGCAUAAAUUUGAAACUAAAGUCUACAGGCGAUCCUUAAAUCCUACCUUCAAAGAACGCUUCACUUUCAAGGCUAGCCAGGCUGAAAUAGCUGACAAGACUGUGGUGAUGCAGGUAUAUGACUUCAACAGAUUUUCUAAGCAUGAUGUAAUUGGCGAAGUGAGAAUCCCACUUAACACUGUUAAUCUGAACCACGUUGUUGAAGAGUGGCGGGAUCUAACCUGUGCAAUAAAGGAUGAGCAAGUGAAACUUGGUGAUAUCUGCUUCUCACUCCGUUAUGUUCCCACUUCAAACAAGUUGACGGUUGUAAUUUUAGAAGCCAAGAACCUGAGGAUAAUGGAUAAAGAUGGUUUAUCUGACCCCUAUGUGAAGAUACGUCUGAUGCUGAAUAAGAAAAAGUUUAAGAAGAAGAAGACAACAGUAAAAAAGAACACCUUGAAUCCAUAUUUCAAUGAGUCCUUUACCUUCGAUGUGACUUUUGAAGAAAUACAGAAAGUGCAGUUAGUGAUCUCUGUGUGGGACCAUGACAAGCUGUCAAAGAACGAUGCCAUUGGAAAAUUAUUCCUUGGUUGUGAUGCUACAGGAAAUCAGCUGCGCCACUGGUCUGAUAUGCUGGCCAACCCAAGACGACCAAUAGCGCAAUGGCACACUCUCCAAGCCAGGGAGGAAGUGGACAAAGCACUCAAAGAACUUGGGGUGAAAUCUCGUUUCCAAAUCUUCUAGAGUUUUGACUACAUUGAAACCAAAACAAUUUCUACCCUGUCAUAAAUUAUAAACCUGGCUGUUUCAGAUAAACCUGUUCACCUUUGCUGAGAAACAUUCCUGUUCAAGCUAUGUUCUAAGAAUUGAACCAAAGUGGAAAAGGUGAAAUGUAUUACAUUACGAUCUCAAACUAACUGAAUACACAACGGAAAAUGCAAUACAAACACAUUAUAUUUACAACUUUAUAAUCCUUAUUAUACUUGUAAAGCUGAUUCCAUUACUGGAUGCAGUGCAUUCAGAAAUCCUGAAUAUUUGGCAUAUUUUCACUGUCCUGGAAUAUGCAACUAAAUUGAACUAAAUAGAAGUCAGUGGAUUGUUUGGUAUGCACACUUUAAUUGAAGAACUUUAUAUAUUAAGGUUAAUUUAUAUUUAUCCUUUCAUUCCUUAGAUCAAAUUACUGCUUCAAUGGACCAUUAUUUCCAUGGUUUCAGCUUGAUAGUACAUAAAAUAAUGAUAUUAGCAGGUCUCCCUCACAGAAGUAUACUAAAAGGAUCCAAUUUGAAUUUGGUCUUUUAUACAGGUGAACCAGCUGGUCUCCUGCAGGACAGCAAUUGGAACAGUGUUAGGGAGGGUGUAAAAAAUUAUCCAGAGCUUUGGUUUUGGUCAUUAUCCACGGACCCUUGCUGGAAAAUGCAUAGAUGGAUGUCAAGAGUAUAAUUAGGAUCUGCCUUAAUGUACUUCACACGUGAUAAUUUCUAAGGGCUUCUUAAACACUGAUUAGUUAAUUAACCAAGGUAUUGAAAGCUUUACGCGUCGUUGAAAAUGAUAAUAAAUUGAUGGAGACUCCAAAACUCUAUGGGAUGUUGCAGAAGUCUCUUGUCAUCAGGAGAUCAACAAAGCCCAUGAUGAAAAGCCAGAACCUAGUUCCAUGGGUUCGUAACAAUUUUUGAAGAUUUUUAAUCUACCUCUACAUGCCCUUAACAUGGUAAAUGUUGUGCACAGGUUUUGGGGUGAGAAUGGGGCAGGUGUGAAGGCUGAGAAUGGAAUUGGGUGCUGGGACUUCCUCUGCCUAGCAGAGUGACUGGUUCAAUCAGUCUGUGGCAGAUCUCUGUACCUGAGAGAAGUGAGUGUGAACUGGAAUGUCAACUUCCAGGUGGCCAAAGAAAAGCAGCCUGGAUAUCAAAUAGAAGAACAGAAUUUUGAAAAUAAUUGAUUUAACUUACAAUUCUUUAUUUUCCACAUGUAAAUGUAAGUGAUUACUUUUUACAUAAUCUAACCACGUAGCAAACCAACGUUUCCUUUAGUUUACAUGUUCUCUUUUAACUGCGCAAUUCUUUACUCAUUUUAUUCAAUGCUGGUUAAUACUUUCUUCUGAAAUAUUGAAUAAGCUAUUUAACAUGGACUUCUGCUUUGCUGCAUUAUCAUGUAUCCUGAACUAAAGACUCAUCAUAUUGCCUCCUAUUUUAACUCAUUUACCUCUUCCCUUCACCUCAUUAAGUUUCCCAUGACGUACAAGUCUUUUUAAAGCCCAGCCUUAUUUUCAGAUAAAAACCAUCCUCUUAUUAGUGGCAAUGUCUUGCACAUUUGCCUUGACUUUAGACCUAACAUUUUUCAAUAAUAAUUUAAAUUAAAUGGUGAAAAAUUGUCCUUUCCUAUGAUGGACUAUUUCCUGUAAAUGGGAGCUGAAUUCCUUUGAUGAAGUGAGUGUGAUUUCCCUUGUUAUUAAGACUGUAUUUGAUUGAGUGGCAUACCAAGGAGUCCUGGUGAAACUAGACUCAAUAGAAAUUGGGGGAACACUCUCCGCUGGUUGGAGUCAUACCCAGCACAUAGGAAGAUGGUUGUGGUUGUUGGAGGUCAGUCAUCUCAGCUCCAGGACAUUACUGCAGGGGAUCCUCAGGUUAGAGUUCUACAUUCAACCAUGUUCUGCUGCUUCAUCAAUUAACCUUCUUUCCAUCAUAAGGUCAGAAAUGGGCAAGCUCUUUGAUGAUUUCACAAUAUUCAGCAUGAUUCACACCUCCUCGGUACCAAAGCUAACCAUGUUCAAAUGCAACGAGACCUGGACAAUGUCCAGCUUUGUGCUGAUGAGUAGCAAGUUCUAUCCAUGCUACACAAAUAUUAGACAAUGAACAUCUACAAGGAAAGAGAGUAUAGCCAUCACUCCUUGACAUUAGAAAGCAUCAACCACCGCUGAAUGGCCGAAGUGAUGGGUGUCUACUAUUAACAGCCUUAGGGUUACUGUUAAUGAGAAAUUAAAUUGGACUAAAUAUAUAAAUACUGUGGCUAAGUAUCCUACAGCAAGUAACUUGCCUCUUCCAUCAACAAAUUACAAGUCAGGAGUGUGAUGGAAUAGUCUCCACUUUCCUGGUUGAAUGCAACUCCAACAACACUCAAAAAGCUUGAUGCCAUCCAAGACAAAACAACCCACUUGAUCAGAACUACAGCUAUAAAUGUUUACUUAUUCCACCACUGCACUCAGUAGCAGCAAUGUGUACCACGCACUGCAGAAAUUCACCAAGGCUUCUUGGAUAGCACCUUCCAAAUUCAUGAUUACUACCAUCUAGAAUGACAAGGAUGGCUGAUACAUGGGAACACCAACAUCUGUAAGUUCCUCUCCAAGCCCCUCACCUGACUUGAAACAUUUCGCUAUUCCUUUAUUGUGAACAUGACUCACACAUGAAAGACUUAUAAUAGUUUUAAAAAAAAAUUCCAACAGAGGCACCAUUCUAAAAUAAAGUGAUUAGUGCAUAAGUUAAAUACUGACCAGAAGGUUCUCAUGUUGAGUAUAGCUUAAGUAUCUAGGACCAAGGAAGGCAAAUAUGAAGUAGGGGUUCUUUUCGCAUUGAUACUGGUGUAAUAAAUGGGCACAUUAAAUGUAGUGUUGUAUGAACAUGGAGUGAAAGAUAUGCUAGAAUACAAGGAAAAAAAAAUAUCAGUUGCCUUGUUGACCCUGUAUCACCAUUUGGCUUUUAUCGACUUAACCUCAAUUCCUUUCAUUUCCUCCCAUAUAUAAUUAACCCUAUUUUAACAGACACAGUUGAUGAUUUGCCUGUGGCCCUCAAGGGGCAGUUUACUGCAUAAACUAUUAAUUAUUUAAGUCAAAAACAUUUUUUCUGGAUUUGUUUUUGAUUAAUUUCAUUCGAAACUAACAUAUGUUUGACUUGGUACUUAUGAAAUAACCAGGAAAUAUGGACUUUAUAAUAGUGAAAAUAUCUGAUCAACUGAGUAUAUGGGAAUGAAGGACCACACCCGAAGCCAGGAUGAUAUUGGUAGUUAUGAAUCAGAAGUGUUGUGUAUACAUACCUGCUAUGUUAUAAAUAAAGCUAUUUAAAUAUU